AAUGUAAAAAUAGUUUUCGUGUGGACCUAAUAACUAGCUAAAACUAGUCGUCGUAACUCAUUCAUGGAGGCUUUGUUCUGCUCUGAGAUACCAAAUAACAACAUCAGAUCCUCCAUUAACGAUCUCUCUUACUCUUCUUCUUCUUCUUCUUCUUCAUAUACAUGGCCAAUGAUCAUGACCUCCUCUUCUUCUUUAUCUCACACAAUCAUGGAAACAGAUAACAACAUUCCUAGAUGCGACUGGGAUCUUUCUCUCUCCGCCGUUGUUUCCUCUGCAUCCACCGGAUCAGACGCUAUCGGAACAAUCGAGUUCGACCCUACCGGAGAGAUCAUAGCUACAGGAGGUAUCGCAAGAAAGAUCAGAACGUACCGUUUGAGCUCUUUGUUAAGGUCACGUGACGAUCACGUUACGGCUUCAGAGAGCUGUAUAUGCACGCCGGCGAAGCUAAGCAGUCUCAGAUGGAGACCCGAUUUAUCCGGUCGGGUUAUCGGAUCGGGAGACUACGACGGGGUUGUCACGGAGUACGACGUCGAGAAACAAGUUCCUGUUUUCGAGAGAGACGAGCAUGGAGGUAGAAGGAUUGGGAGCAUGGACUACACGCUACACAAUGGCUCUCUUAUAGGCGCGUCGGGCUCCGACGACGGAACGGUUCAAAUGUGGGAUCCACGUAACGGAGGGUCGUUGGAGGAAAUGGUUAGGCCCGGAGGCGGCGCGGCGGUCUGUUCGGUAGAGUUUGAUCCGUUCGGUGGAGCUUCCCUAGCCGUCGGAUGUGCUGACCGGAAUGCUUACGUGUACGACAUCAGAAGACUCGUUGAUCCUUUGAUCGUAUUAGACGGUCAUACCAAAACGGUGACGUAUGCUCGGUUCAUGGAUCCUCAUACGAUCGUCACCGGUUCGACCGACGGGAGCUUGAAGCAAUGGGAUAUAAACAACGGACGGCGCGUGGUUCGAACGUACCGGGGGCAUGUUAACAGCCGGAAUUUUGUCGGGUUGUCGGUUUGGAGACAUGGUGGUUUGGUCGUGUCCGGGUCCGAGAAUAACCAAGUGUUUGUGUAUGAUAAGAGGUGGGAGGAACCGGUUUGGGUGUGUGGGUUGGGUCAAACAGACCGGUUUGGGUCUGACCGACGGUUUGUGAGCAGUGUGUGUUUGAGACAAGUGGAUGAAGAUUGGUGCACACUUGUGGCCGGAGGAUCCGAUGGGGUUUUAGAGAUUUUCUCGGGCAAACGGAGCUAAGUCAGUAUUUAUAUAUUAUGCUCAUGAUUAUUAAUACAAAGUUGAACUAUAAACUGUCUAUAAUUAUUGAUUUUAAUAUGAUUCAAUUUCAAUGUGACCAAUUUUAUUUUUUGUAACUGAUAUUCAGAACUUCCAAUCAUCGC